GGCCAAUUUCGUCUAAAACCGCAGCGGGUGUGGAAAUUUGUUACGAAGUAUGGACUUUUGAGUUUUGACCUGGUAUUCGCUCCACUCCAGCUUCAAACUUGACAUUUUCUUGAUCCUGAAAAAGAACCAUUUCGCUCUGAAUAUUAUCCCAAAAAUCUGCCCAAGUUUGACCAUUUUGUUGGGGGAGGAUAAACCCAUUCUGCGGAGAUGCAUGAUUUUUGCCUCACAAUACCGUACGGUUUGGUUCUGGUUUGCGGUGGAAUCAUCGGGUAUGUGAAGAAAGGAAGCAUGGCGUCGCUUGGAGGAGGCGUGGGCACCGGCCUCUUCCUGGUCCUAGCUGGUUACCUCAGCCUUCAAGCUUUCCACAAGCGCAAGAACUCAUUCUUCUCCCUAAUUCUUCAAACUGUUUGUGCUGCAAUUCUGACUUGGGUCAUGGGGCAACGGUACUUGGCAACCUCAAAAGUUAUGCCCGCGGGUGUCAUUGCCGGGAUAAGUGCACUAAUGACCGGGUUUUACCUGUACAAGAUCGCCACGGGAGGGAACCAUUUCCCAACCAAGGCCGAGUAAUGCGUCUGCAGUUCGUGCUCUAACCUCAUUCAUACUCGUGUUUCAUCACACGCCAAACUUUGACACUUUUCCCUUUGUGCUCUACAUAGAAAGUGUCUGAAGCUUGGAAUGUGUCCCUUUUUCCUUGUAUGUUCUCUACAAGAAUAUAUGUACUGAACAUUUAGUAUCUCUGUUACGACAAUUGGAAAAUCUUAAAUGUUUAUCCAAGGUUGUAUACUUUUCAGGGCCGGUCCAAAAUUUUCGAAGGUCAUGUGCAAAACUAAGAUUAGGCCUCUACAGUUUUUUUUGGCCUCUAAAGUUUAUAGUACACUAUUUACGAGUUUAUUGCAUCAACGCCCCUUGUGGUUUGAUGAAUGUAUACCGUUACUCCUCAUGGUU